GCCUACAGUUUAGAAAAGCAAGAAGAAUGAUGGGCUCUGCUUUCAUUAUUUAUUUCAUCUCUAUACUGCCCAAUAGCCAGAGCUCUCUGAGCAGUUUACAAUGUUAUGUGUCUCCACAGGUGUAUGCCAAAGCAAAGUCCCCUUUUAGCCUUCUGUGAAAACUAAAAAUCUAACAUAUGAGAGCAGGCAAGAGAGCAGAAAGUCAAACCGCAAGAACAGCCCACCAAUUUAAGGGAUUUUAGCUGACAAGAUAAGCUUUGCGGUGAUUGAUUUACAGCUUAUUUGCUUUAGCUCCUAUCCAAACACCAAAGUUCGCAUUUAAACAUCUUCCUCCACCUAUCUGGGCUGCACGGGCAAGCGUUCUGUCUGGCCAUACAGGAGUUUCUAGCUCAUCAAGAUGAACCUGUUGUUGAGUUCAGUGUUCUUCUCCCUCACUCUGACGUUUGCACUGUGUGGAGUCAAAGACUUCCAUGAACAUUUUGAACAACUCUCCCCAGCACCUCCUCAUGGCAAUGAAACUCUUAAUCUCUCACCGGAGUUUCAUAAAGAAAAUACAGUGACUAAUGUCUGGAAUGUCGAAGAAGAGGAAGAGGAAGACUAUAUUGACUUUGACAAAUUAUUAAAUGAGGACUACUUUGACAUAAUUGAUGCAGUUCCAGAAGCCAUUUCUGAGGUCAACCAAGGAAAUAUUCUGGAACUUUUCCAAGGGAAAACCAGAAUCCAGCGUCUCAAUCUCCUCAAUGCAAACUUUGCCUUCAACCUCUAUCGGGCUCUGAAAGACCAAGUCAGCGCUUCAGAAAACAUCCUUUUGGCUCCAGUUGGCAUCUCCACUUCACUGGCUAUGAUUUCAUUGGGACUGAAAGGUCAAACCCAGGAGGAAGUAUUGCUUUCGCUGGGCGUCCAAGACUUUGUUAAUGCCAGUUCCAAGUACGACCUCACGACAGUUCACAACCUCUUCCACAAACUCACUCACCGGCUCUUCAGGAGGAACUUUGGCUAUACGCUCCGGUCGGUCAAUGACCUUUACAUUCAAAACCAUUUUUCUGUCCUGAAUGAGUUCAAAAGCAACAUGAAAAAGUACUACUUCGCAGAGGCUCAGCUGGUUGACUUCUCAGACCCAAACUUCAUUGCGAAAGCUAAUGCGCGGAUUUCAAAGCUCACCAAAGGAUCAAUACAGGAUGCUAUCGCAAACAUACACCCGGCCACGCUAAUGAUGAUCCUCAACUGCGUGUACUUUAAAGGAACUUGGGAAAACAAGUUUCCAGUGGAAAUGACACACAGCCGCAGUUUUCGCCUCAAUGAGAAACAGACGGUGAAAGUUCCCAUGAUGCAGACCAAAGCCAAUUUCCUGGCCACGACCGAUAGCGAGCUGGAUUGCGCUGUGCUCCAGCUGCAAUAUGUGGGGAACAUCAGCAUGAUGAUUGUGCUGCCAUAUAAGCUAACGGGCAUGGCGACACUGGAGAAGCAACUGACUCCCCAGGUGGUGGAGAGGUGGCAAAAGAGCAUGACUAACAGAACAAGAGAAGUAGUGCUGCCCAAAUUUAAGCUUGAGAAGAGCUAUGACUUGAUUGAUUAUCUGAAAGCUCUGGGAGUAAAUGAGCUGUUCACCCAGAACGGCAACUAUUCUGGGAUCUCAGAAGAGAACAUUACUAUAGAAAAGUUCACUCAUCAAGGGACUAUCACGGUGAAUGAAGAGGGCAGUGAGGUUGCCGCAGUGACCAGUGUGGGCUUCAUGCCCCUUUCCACCCAAAACCGUUUUAUUGUCGACCACCCUUUUCUAUUCCUCAUCUACGAGCAACAUAUCAACUGCUUGCUUUUCCUGGGCAGAGUUGCCAACCCAAGCCCUAAAAGCACAGAGCAGCUUCCAAGAUAGUGCAUCUUGGCAAUCUUACUACAUUAAUAUAUCUGGUUUUACAUGCAGAUUUUUAGCAUUACAUUAAAUCACAAGUGCUAUCAGAAAAACAUUGCAAUGAUCAUCCAAAUAAAUAAAGAGUGAAAGAUGAUUUAAUAGCUACUUUUAAGGAUAAACGUGGCCACAAAGUACUAAAUUCUAUUCCCAAAGUACGAAUUUCCCAUUCGAUUCCAUCAGACGCAACACAGAAGGCGAUGGCAUUUGUGAUGCGUCUCGGUGAACAUUUUCCUAACAGCUACACAGUGACUACAAUUGGUUCCACUGAUCUUUGGGAAGUCAAACUAUUCACAAAAUGUAGCUUGCAUUUGCCAAAAGGAAACCUUUCCCAUUGGGCAAAACAAGGUUAAACCCUUAAUUAUAAAGGAAUGAUUUGAGUUUAUUAAAAUUUGAUGAGAACAGUGCAGAACCCUGUUUAAGGAAAUUAGUGCAGGUUGCAUGGAAAAUGGGCUUAAAUACAAAGGUGCUCCACCCGUUUGUAAAGGAAAGCCUAGAAGAAAAUGUCUAAUCCUCUUUAACCAAAACUUCCUCAAUCCAACAUGCUCCAUGUUGGCUGGGAAGGACAGAAGGUUCAGUCCAGCGCCUCGAGGAGACAACUGCCAUGGCCCCCAUCAUUAGCCACGCUGGCCAGGGCUGACAGGAAUUCUAGGCCAAAACAGCUGCGGCACCACAAAUUGCACAGCCCUGCUUUACAGGGGAGGCACAAGAAGUACAAAAUAUUGGUAUCAUUCAUGUGAGCUUUAACAGCAAGAAAGCAAAGCCAGCAACAUUACCUAGGGAGCUCGGAUGUGAUAGAAAAUUGCUUUGUGACAAUGCAUGGAUUAUUUUCAAGAUGCCAAGGCAUGUGGUGACAGGAUAGAAAAGUUUUAAAUAAAUAAAUAAAUAAAAUUCAGUCCAAAAAGUAACUUGUUUGAAGAACAAAUCUACACUUUGGAAAGCAGAACUGGUGCCCUGAUAUUAUAUACACAUCCCAGAGAGUCGCCUCACAAAUUAUAGUAUCAUAUACAGAUACAAGGACUGUUCCCUACUUUGUUUUUAAAGGAAUGUACGCUCAAGUUAUAAGGACGCUUGCUAUGAAAAAAUUUGAGGUUAUCAACAUGAUUGAAGAGUUUAUUCAUAUACAAUAAAUUGUUUUAAAUCCCAAA